AUGGUUUCUGUACUGGUUGGCGACGGCAGGAGAGAGUUUCGCAAAUAUUGUGGAGCUGAAGAGUGGCCUUUCACUUUCAGUACCAAGCACAAAGAGGUCGUGCGUCGGUUGGAGAACCUUCAACGUCGACUUGAAGCAAAGGUGCAGUGUGCAUCCCUCGAAUUUGUCCUUAAGGGAUUCGAUUUGGCGGAAGGAAAGCGUCCAACUGCCGCCUACCUUUUCAAUCAACUCAAAGAUAUGCCAUCCUUUGUCGGAGAAUGUUGUGCGGUACCUGCUUCUGGUUGUGGAUUAGCAGGUGCAAAAUUAUCGCUAUCUCCGACUCAGAAGGCCUCCAAAGGCCCGGUGCAAGGAUCUGUCCUGAGGUUCAUCAUCACUGUCGGAGAAAUCAUCACAAAAGAGCUCCAGGCACCGUCAAUCAAACCGAGCCUGGGUGAGUUGGCAGCCGCAGUCGAGCGCCAGGAGGUUCAGAGCUUGCGUUCCGCCGAAACGAAGCUGCUGUUUUACAUCGUAUCGUUUCAAUGCCACUCAGCAGAUGAAUGUCUCACCCUCUCCAGGUUGUUCGUCAAUGAACUUUCAGAUGCUGCGAAAUGUCCAACAAAUAGCAUUCCUCUCUACGACAAGGAGGGUGGCGAGAUAGAGCUUGCGUGUACGAUUGCAUACCUCUCGGUCUUGGUCGACAGGAUACCGAGCCGCUGUAUGACAGGCCACUGGAAUAAGACUCACGAUGCCCCCACGAACGAACAUGCUCAGCCGCAGUCACGAAGCCAACGCGACCCAACAUUCUGCUGA